ACCAAUUACAACCUUGCUUCGACUGCACUCUUCUGGAAACCACGUGCGCAGAUCCGCGAACUGCAAACAAUGUGGCCUAUUUAUAAAGAAAAGGAAGAAGAGCAAAAGAACGGUUUUCUCGUAGACGCGCAAGGGAUGAUACUCAUAUUAGCGAGGAUUGCGACUAUAAGCACGGUUAUUACCAUUCUGUUUGUCGCGUACUUGAUUACACGCUUGACCUAUGCGAAUUCGUUUCCCACCAUCCUACGAAAAGGUAUCGAGUUCCUCGGGCCAAUUUUCAUCAAGCUCGGUCAAUGGAUCUCCACGCGAUGGGAUAUCUUUCCGCGGGAUGUUUGCGACAUGCUUUCGCAACUGCAACGAAAUGUGACACCGCAUUCAUGGCAAUAUACAGAGCGCAUACUCGAAACGACAUAUGGUCCUUCCUGGCGGAAUUUAUUUGUAAAGUUUGACGACAAGGAACCAAUCGGCUCAGGAUGCUGUGCGCAGGUGUAUAAAGCGUGGAUCGAUCAGAAUGCAACAUGGGAGCCUCAGAUAUCGCAUUUCGUGGAUACUAAAACUCUCAAUGAAAGCGACAAAUUAGCAUCUGCCAGUCCGCGUACCAGAAAUUUGCAAACCAUAGCGGUAAAAGUGUUGCAUCCUGGAAUCGAAGACCAACUCAAAAGGGACAUUGCAAUAAUGCGUGGUUUUUGCAAGUUCAUCAUGUACUUCAUUCCAAAAUUGCAUUGGCUCAGUCUCACAGAUUGCAUCGACGAAUUCGCACGCAUAAUGGAAAAUCAAGUUGACAUGCGACUGGAAGCUUCUAAUCUCGUGAAAUUUGCGGGGAAUUUCUCGAACAGAAAUGACAUCAUAUUCCCGUAUCCUUACACACAUCUGACUCAUCGCGGGAUACUCGUUGAGAGUUUCCACGAAGGUGCACCGAUAUCAGAUUAUCUAGAAUACGACGAUGCUAUUUUACAGCGGAGACUCGCCAAGAUAGGAAUCACGAUGGUCCUUCAAAUGAUAUUUAAGGAUAACUUCAUCCAUUGUGACUUGCACCCAGGCAAUAUUCUAGUCGAAAAAACAGUCCCGAAGGCGAGUCUGUUCAACAUUUUUUGGCGAGCCAUUACCUCCGAUUGUGCAGAGCACGACUCACGCCUGAUCAUAUUGGACUGCGGCCUUGUGGUAUCUCUAAAUGAACGCUGCCGACAAAAUCUUCGAGAUGUUUUUUAUUCGGUGCUAACGAAAAACGGCGAAAUGGCGGCGCAGUAUAUCCUGGAGCAUAGUUCGCACAUGACCCCCGACCCAGAUGGCUUCAAAUGUUCAAUUAGAAAUAUUGUCAAGUCUCACUUUAGCAAUUCAUUGAAUGUAAACAUAAGUACCGUUGUGUCGGAAUUGUUCUCCGCGAUGAUUCAUCACCAAGUCAAGCAAGACGAAUCCUUCAGCGGCGUGAUUCUUAGUAUAUUGGUGAUCGAGAGCCUCGGUCGGUGCCUGGAUCCUGAAAUCGCUCAACAGCGUUAUAUACAAGUGAAGAUGAGACUCUCUAAACAAAAGAUGUUCAUAUGA